UUCGCUUCUUAACUGUCAGUUAAUUGGUGAAACGUCACAUCAACCUCCCAGAAACCUAGAAUAAUUUAUUUACUAUAAACUUGAGCAUGAUUAAAAAAAUGGGAAUAGUGCGAGCGUGUUUUCUUCUUUCUGAUCUAAAUAAAAAAUUCAACGGUGACACAGCGACUGUUACUUUAAUAAAUAAUUCUUCUGCUUUGGAGGUUUUGUAAAGAGUUCAAAGAUCAUAAAAAUAUGAAAGUGAUUAAACAUUGUAAAUUGAAGCCUUAACUACUCAUAUUCUCAUCAGUUGAAUGUAUUAUCAUUCUACUAGUAGUACUUAAAAAACAAAAAAAAUGAAUGCCCAACUAUUGAGGUUAUAUUUUGUGACUUAUAAUGUUGCUACUACAUCUCCAGAACAAGAUCCUCAAAAUAUGUUGAAUCUACCGUGGAGUGAUGAGAAUUCUUUACCGGAUUUUUAUGUUAUUGGCCUCCAAGAAGUUAAAUCUCAACCUCAAAACAUGAUUUUAAACAUGUUCUUUGAAGAUCCAUGGACCAAAGUUUAUAGAGAAGCCUUGAAAGAAUAUGAUUACGUAAAAAUACGUACUCAACGACUUCAAGGCCUCGUAUUAAACAUCUUUUGUCUCAGGAAACAUUUAACACAUUUAAGAUUGGUUGAAGCUCGUUAUACUAAAACUGGCCUUGGCGGGAUGUGGGGCAAUAAAGGAGCUGUUAGUGUACGCUUAAAUAUUUAUGGUAUAAAUAUUUGUAUUGUCAACACUCAUUUAACUCCUCAUGAUCAUCUUCUAUCUGAUCGAAUAGCUGACUAUAAUACAAUUCUUAAAGAACAUACCUUUAAAGUACCUGAAACCCGACAUAUCUUAUUUCAUGAUUAUGUAUUCUGGAUCGGUGAUUUGAAUUUUCGACUACAAGGCGAAGAUUUGACUGCUACAAUAAUAGAUUCUUUAGUAAAAAAGAAUGAAUUGGAUUUGUUAUUUGCUAGGGAUCAAUUAAAACAAGUUAUGGAAAAAGGUGAAGCUUUUUCAGAACUCGUUGAAAAUCUUGUUACAUUCCCACCUACGUACAAAUUUGAGUUAGCAUCCCAAAAUUAUGAUCUCAAACGCAGACCAUCAUGGACAGAUCGAAUUUUGUACAAAGUAAAUAAGGAUGCUUAUGAAAAUAUUACAUUAAAAGCUGAGCAACUUCAUUAUAAAAGUUAUCCAAGUUACACUCAGUCUGACCACAAACCUGUCAGCGGUGAAUUCCAGAUAGCAAUAAGAUCUUAUGUCCAAGACCAUGGAGUUGAAUUUCAAGCUCUUACUGAGUGGUUGAUUGAUGAAGAAAAUUCAGUUUCUUACACACUUUUAGGAGAUUUUAAGCCUUCAGAUGGUGACUGGGUUGGACUAUUUACUGAAGGAUUUUCCAGUUUAGAUGAAUAUUUAGUUUACGAAUACGUCAACCGAAGAAAAAUAGAAACGUCAACAGAACCCCGUCCGUUGGUAGAUCGUAUUUUUUUCAACGACAGCGCUUUAAGGUUUCCAGGAAUGUAUCGUUUGAUUUAUGUUGCUCAAUCUGAUGACAUUGUCAGCAUAUUGGGUAUAAGUCCUCCGUUUCCAGGUCAUCGAAGGCUUCAGAGUACUAUCCAAAAUGACACUUUAUCAUGAGCUUUUAUUAUUGAAAUCAAAGAAUAAGUAUUUUUUGCAAGCUUCAGAAUUUAUCAUAGUAAAUUUAUUUAUAUUGAGCAAAGUAUGAACAAAUAUUGCAUAAUUAUUUUUAAUAAAAGCUUAAUUUCGUACCUGUUUUUGUAGGGUAAUGGUAUUAUUUUCAAAUCUCUUUGAAUUAGAGAUUGUUGCAUAUUUAUAUAAAUAUAUAUACAUAUAUUUUUUGUUAAGGAAGUGUUUAAAUAAAUAAAUG